AUGUCAACAUCCGCAAGAAGCUCUCCCAAGAAGGAGCGUGUCAUCCUAGGUCUGAUGACUUAUGGCCCUGACCCCACUGCCGGCACUCGGAUCCUGGAUCUCGAUGAGUUCAACCGACACCUCGACUAUUUCCAGUCCCAAGGCUACGACGAGGUCGACACUGCCCGAAUGUACGUCAACGGACAGCAAGAAGCCUGGACCGCCAAAGCUGGCUGGAAAACUCGGGGCUUGACCCUAGCUACGAAGAUAUAUCCAGAAGUGCCAGGCAUGCAUUCGCCGAAGGAGCUAAGAAAGCAUUUCGAAAAAUCCCUUCGUGAGCUGGGAACAGAUUGCGUAGAUAUCUUCUACCUGCACGCUCCAGAUCGCAGUGUUUCGUUCAAGGACACAAUGCGCGAGGUAAACGUACUUUACGAAGAGGGCAAGUUUAAGAAAUUAGGGUUGAGCAAUUAUCCCGCGUGGGAGGUUGCAGAGAUCUAUAACAUUGCCAAAGAGCAGAGCUGGGUACUACCGGGUAUCUACCAGGCGAUGUAUAAUUGCUUCACAAGAGAGAUUGAACGUGAACUCAUUCCAUGUCUGCGAAAGUAUGGCAUGGAACUCGUGACCUACAAUCCAUUAUGCGGCGGGCUAUUCUCGGGCAAGAUCAAGUCAGGUGAUCUCGAAAUACCGCCCACGGAGGGUCGAUUCUCAGACUCGUACCAGUGGGGACAACUAUACCGUGACCGGUACUUGAAUAGUGCAAAUAUGACAGCACUCAAGAUUGUGGAAGAGGCAACAAAGAAGUAUGAGCUUACGAUGCUGGAGACGGCGCUAAGGUGGAUGAUCCACCAUUCUGCAUUAAACAUGAGGGCAAGAGGCGGAAACGAUGGUGUUGUGGUGGGUGUCAGCACUUUCCAGCAGCUGGAAGGUAAUCUAAGAGACCUCGAGAAGGACCCGUUGCCAGCAGAUGUUGUAGAGGCGCUGGAUAAGGCAUGGUGGGUCACAAGAGCUACAGCCCCCUCGUACUGGCGGUAGAGACUGUCUGUCAGUGCGUCAAUCGAGUUAGCACAACAUGUCAAUCUUCGCUAAUG